GAGAAUAAAAGGGUAAACAAUUAUUGAGUAGCGCGGUGUGAAGAAAUCUGAAUUUUAGCUCAAAGAAGUCUUACCCGUCGUGCAACGAAGAUAUGACGAGCUGGUGAAGCAGAGAAAUGCACUGGUGGAGAAGGUUAACAAACUACGAGAAUCAAUUGGCAUGGCAGCAUACAUUUCGGAGCAAGAACUCAAAACGAUUGAUGGAGACGUAAAGACAGCGAACUCAUUCUCUAUGGAGUCGCUAAAUGAACACUCUGCAGCAUCGACAUGCUCUUCUCUUCCAUCCUCAGAAGUUGAACGUAAUCACAAAUGA